ACUCUACUGCCGCCACCUUCGGGGCCGGUCCCGCAAAUCAGCAGCUCUGCUGCUGCACUAGCUGCCCCGCAUCCACCAGUGCCGGUCCAGUUUAAGAAGGUCCACAUGGUAUUCAGCUACAACUCUCCAAAGCCUUCGCCUGCCGCUGCCUCCGCGGGGCCGAGGUACCUGCGACACGAAGCCCUCCUCAAAUUGCUGCCUUCACUUCGAAUACAGGCUACCACUCGCCAGACCUAUGGUUCCUCCGUCAGAAAUCUGCUUCUCACUUUGCAGUGCAAAAAUAUUUCUAAGGAGACCACCUUCAGCAUUACACAGUUGACGAGCUGCAGUCGCCGCUGGUGCAUUGAACUGGUAUGGCCGCAGGUGGAGGAAAAAGGUAUGCGUCCGCUCGAGGAAGUUGUUAUUGCUGCUUCAGUAGUUUUUUUCUAA